AUGUCGCAAAGAGUCUACUUCCUCGUUCACGGGCGAGUCCAAGGCGUGAGCUACCGCUACUUCGCGCAUAAGAAGGCAGCCGAGCACAAUGUGACUGGCUGGUGUCGAAAUACUGAGAACGGGAAGGUCGAAGGCGAGGCGCAGGGCGACGAGGACGCCCUCAAGUCCUUCCUUAAGGACCUCGAUAAAGGCCCGACGCACGCCCACGUCGUGAGAUUGGACAAAGAAUCCCGCGACGUCCAGGAAGGGGAGGCUAGUUUCGAGGUGCGAAGAUAG